AUGUCUCGUGGCCGUCCAUCUUCUAAUAUUCGUACUGAUCAUUUUUACCUUGUAGAAGAGGAAAAUACAAAUGCUAAUAAAUAUUCUACUCUUCGUCAAAUGUGCAAAUAUUGUAAUAAGGAUGUUGUAGACUUAAUUGAUCGCUUAAAAGAUCAUUUGAAUAAAUGUAGUUUUUUUCCUUAUGAACUUCAGGAAUCAACAGACUUAACUACUAGUAAAAGUCAUCGAAACAAUAAUAUGAGUCAAAAUGACAAAGUUAUUUUAGAUCAAAAGCUUGCUCAAUUUUUUUACUCAGCUGGUAUUCCUUUCUCUGCAAUUGAAAAUCUAUAUUGGAUUGAUUUUAUACAUACAAUUCGCCCUUCUUAUAAUUCACCAAAUCAUCAGCAAUUGGCAAAUAAACUUUUAGAUGAUGCUUAUUCUCAAGAACGUAAAUAUUUAGAAAAUAGACUUGAAAAUAUAAAUAAUAUUUCACUUGUAUCAGAUAGAUAG